AUGGAAGGCUUUGAUAACAAUGCUGGGAAUGACAGAAAACGACUGUGUAAACGUUCACCUGUAGAAGACAUAAAUAAUCUAAUGUGGGAGUGGUUUCAAAAUGUUAUGAAACAAGGUGUCCGUAUAAGUGGUCCUAUGCUACAAGAAAAAGCGCUUAUGUACGCCAAGGAGCUUAGAAUAUCAGAAGCUGACUUCAAAGCCUCUAAGGGGUGGCUCAAUCGGUUCCGUGAUAGACAGAAUAUUUCAUUUCAAACUGUUGGUGGUGAAAGUGGUAGUGUAAGUUCAGAAACUGUACAACAAUGGAAAGAUAAGGUGCCCGACAUGAUCAAAGGAUACGAUAAGUGCGACAUCUACAACAUGGAUGAAACAGGACUCUAUUUUAGGGCACUUCCUGACAAAAACCUGUGUGUACGUGGUGAGGACAUUAAGGGUGGUAAACGUUUAAAGGACAGGUUAACAGUCAUGUUGUGCUCAAAUAUGAAUGGUUAUUUUGAGAAGCCACUAGUGAUCGGCAAAGCUCGAGUGCCACGUUGCUUUAGAAAUCUUCAAGUGAGUGAUUUACCAGUUACAUGGAAGUGGAAUAAAAAAGCAUGGAUGACAUCCGACAUAUUCACUGACUGGAUUAAAUCAUUCAACAAACGGAUGAGACAUCAAGACAGGAACGUGAUUCUGUUCUUAGAUAACGCUACAUCACAUUCCUUAGACCUUCAUCUCAGGAUUCUGUAUUUAUCUAUUCUAAGAUCUGUGUUAUCUAAAAUUGAUGCUGACAGCUCUGUUAAUGCUGAAGUGAUUUCUAAGAGUGUAAAUGUGUUGGAUGCUGUGCGUUACGUUAGUUCUGCUUUGAAGGACAUAACACAGAAAACUGUUUACAAGUGUUUUUUGAAAGCAGGAAUCAACCCUGAUUCAGAAACAGAGGAGUUCGAGGAUGAUGAUGUGCCUCUUGCAGAGCUAGUGGAACUCAUGAGAACUGCAAAUGGUAGGAUUGCUACUGUAGAGAGUAUGUCGCUUGAAGAGUAUGUUAGUGCGGACCGUGAUAUUCCAGUUCAUGAGGAACUCUCACCAGAAUGGGAAAGUGAACUGUUGAACACUGUGUGUAAUAAAUCUAAGGAAUGUACAAUUGCUGACAGUGAAAACCUGAAUGAUAAUAAUGAAGUUGAUGAUGAAAGUGAUGAAAUUGAAAGUUAA